AUGGCUCCCAGAACCGAUUUCCCCCCGGUCAGAGCCUGUCUCUUCGACAUGGACGGCCUGCUACUCAACACGGAGGACAUCUACACCAUCUGCGUGAACGAGGUGCUAUCCCGUUACGGCAGGCCGGGGAUGCCGUGGUCAGUCAAGGCCAAGCUGCAGGGCCGUCCGGGCCCGGAGGCCACCAGGAUCUUCAUCGACUGGGCCAAGCUGCCCAUCUCGGUGGAAGAGUACACGCGGCAGGUGUCGGAGACGCAGAGGGAGCUGUUCCCGGGCGCGCAGCCGCUUCCAGGCGUGCCGGAACUGCUGGCCAACCUGGCUGCCGCGACGGCCGGGGGGCGCAAGGUUCACGUCGCGCUGGCCACCAGCUCCCACGCAGGCAACUUCAAGCUCAAGACCGACCACCUCACAGAGCUGUUCGACGUAUUCCCCCCACACCGCCGCGUCCUGGGCGAUGACGCACGUCUGCGGCCGGGGAGGGGGAAACCGCUGCCCGACAUCUUCCUCCUCGCCCUCGACACCAUCAACCAGUCUCUCGACCUCGACGGGGAGGAGAAGGAUCCCAUCAAGCCCGAGGAGUGUCUGGUGUUUGAGGACUCGGUCCCCGGCGUCGAGGCCGGCAGGAGAGCCGGAAUGCGCGUCGUCUGGUGCCCCCACCCAGGACUCAAGGCGCAGUACGACGGGAGGGAGGCCCAGGUCCUGGCCGGUGCUACGGGGGAGGCGGGCGAGGUCGAUAUGCACCAGGUCGGUGUCGAGGGCGACGGCUGGGCUGACUACCUUGCUACUCUGGAAGGGUUCCCGUAUGAGAAGUACGGCAUUGUCCUUGGCUCUACAUAG